GCUCGGAGUCAUUGUGGGGUCGUGCGUGUGUACGUCCGUGCGUGUGUGUCCCGGGCCGCGAAUGGUUUCUUGUGCGCGGACAUCGUGGUGUUUUCGCCCCAUGGAAGGAGUGCGUUGGGCUUUUCCGUGCGCCGCCUGGCGCCCCAGCCGGGCCGAGUGGCUCUUGGCGGCUCGUGCAGUGCAGCCCGAAGAGAAGGAUCGCAUUGGCCAGUUCGUCUUUACCCGAGACGCCAAGGCAGCCAUGGUGGGUCGAUUGAUGAUGAGGAAAUUGAUUGCAGAAAAACUGACCAUCCCUUGGAAUAAUAUACAUUUGAAGAGAACUUCAAAAGGGAAGCCAGUACUUGUAAAUGACUCAUUCAAUAUUCAUCCAGAUUUCAACUUUAAUAUCUCACAUCAAGGAGAUUAUGCAGUUCUUGCUGCUGAGCCUAAGCUACAAGUUGGAAUUGAUAUCAUGAAGACAACUUUACCAGGCCGAAGCUCAAUUCCAGAAUUCUUUCGAAUUAUGAAUAGACAGUUUACAGAGAGAGAAUGGAAGACAAUCAAAGCCUUUGAAGAUGAAUGGACCCAGCUGGAUACAUUUUAUAGGCAUUGGGCACUAAAAGAAAGCUUCUUAAAAGCUAUUGGGGUUGGAAUAGGAUUUAAACUACAGAGAAUCGAGUUUAAUAUAUCUCCUCUGCAUCUGGAAGUAGGCAAAGUAUAUAGAGAAACAAAUAUGCUACUUGAUGGAGAAGAAGAAGAAUGGACUUUUGAGGAAAGCAGAUUGGAUGACUACCAUCAUAUUGCAGUUGCUCUUAAGAAACCAGAUGGAUUAAGACCACAGAAUUCACAAGUUUUUUCUCAAGACCAUCCUGAGCUAAAUAUGCCACAGUUCACUUUUUUGACAUUUGAAGAUUUGGUAGCAUCUGUUAUUCCUUUGACACCAGAAGAUCCUUCUUAUUGGGACAACUUUUGCUCCAAACAAGAGGAGCCACUUCGAAAUAGCACAAGUUUAUGAUAAUGCUCAAGAAACAAAAAUGAAAAUGAAGAUUUUUUAAAAUCUCAAGAUCACCAGAAAAUAGAUAAUUAAAGAACUCAAAUGGCAUUUCACACAGUUGGACCAAGUUUUCAGAGGUAUAAAGGGAGCCAUGAAUGUAAUUGUGAUGUAGAAAUAGAUUUUUGAUAUUACUAAUAUCAGAAUGGGGUAGUAAUUUGAAUUCAGUGCUGCAACUAAAUGAGUUUGUAUAAUUGUUUAAAAUAGGUUACUUUGGUCAAUAAGCAAGUAUUCAUUAAGUACCAAUUAUGUGUCAGAGUGCUUUCUGCUAGUGAUGGAAAGAAGGAAAAGAAAUUGUCCUAUUUUCUACUGGAACAAAUAAAAAAUUUUACUCUUUUUGUAAA